UUGACUUUAUUCUUCGCCGGCGACGACCUCCACCCGCGUACAAAGAACAACACCCCAAACCCAACUAAACUACCUGAAAAAGAAAUACAACUAACCAAUAAUUUUCUCUAUCCGAAAACGAAACAAACAUAAAUUUUUAUACUUAAAAAUUCCCAACCAUUGCUUUCUCUGGAAGUCAUCAUUUUGCCCUCUUUCCUUCUUCUUCUUGUUCUUCUAUUUUGUCCCUUUUUCUUGCUUUUUUUCAAACCCCAAAAUCCCUUUUUUCAACGACAGAGCUGGCGCUCAGCUCGCAUUUUACAUAACCCAGUUUUCAGAAUCCCCCCGAAACUUAGUUUGCAGUCCUGCUUUUCCCACAAGUGCUUUUGUUCUGUUUCUUGAAGACGCUCACGGGUUCUCCAUGGACAGAGUCGGACUUGGACCGCUCCAUUUAAUCCCAAUCUUCUGUUAUUGCAGGAAGCGGUGCGGCGGGAGAGGGCGGCGAGGACGGUCCUCGAGGUUCUGAGAGAGCAAAUGGACGACGCGGGUGAAGCGAGGGGGGUUUUGGGCAGGCGGAGCUUCAAGCAACGGCUGAGACUGAACGGGUUCGGAUGCUGUGGGGCCACCUGGGGCUUCGGACGGACGGCGGCGAUUGGCGCCAGAGAGGAUGAGGAAGAUCAAGACCCGCAAAAUCUUCCGCCACAAGAACGAGUGGUUAUAACUGUGGACCAGGCUGAACCGGUUAAUAUUUGGAAUCCGGAUUGCGUUGCUCCGGUUUCGAACGGGUCGGGUAUGAAUUUAGCUGCCGCUCUGGCAGCCGAGCGACAGUUCCGGGAUCCGCAGGAUACGGAGGGAGAGGGGUCGGUGGGUCCCGCGGAUAAUGCAAGGACGGGAACAACGGCGCCGGGAACGCCGAUGAGAGUGUCGCUGAUGAGGCUGCUUGAGGAGACGGAGAUGGACGGCUGCGACGCGUUUGGCGGUGGCGCGACGGCGGACAGUGAAAAAGCAGCGGAGGGAGGGAUAGGGAGCGAUUCGAUGUGCUGCGUGUGCAUGGGAAGGAAAAAAGGCGCGGCUUUCAUCCCAUGUGGGCACACAUUUUGCAGGGUGUGUUCGAGGGAGGUGUGGUUGAAUCGAGGUUCCUGUCCCCUCUGCAACCGUUCGAUCCUCGAGAUCCUCGAUAUAUUCUAAUGAUCGUCCGAUUUCAUUGGAUGAUCAAAGAAAUAACAAAAAAAACCAGAAAAUAUUUGAUGUGAUUGUUUGUGGGAAGAUGCCUCGAGAUUGGUGCAUUGUUGAAACUUUGAUGGUGGAAUUUUCAAAUCCAAUUCAAUUUGUUCACAUGUAAUAUGGGGUUCUUGAAUUUAAUUAGUGUUUCUAUCACUCUAUUUUUCUGCAACUUGAAGGGUACAAUGUGAAUUUUGCGUACAUUUUUAUGGUAAUUUUUUGUUUUGAAGUU